CAGUUUCGACCAUAAAGCAUAAUUCUAUGCGUAUAGAACUAUUUGAAAAACAUGUUUUUCUCAGCUAGAAAGAAAUCUUAACCGUCUGAUCUGUAACGUUCGCUGUCAUACGAAGGUAUAAUUUCUUUGAUCACAUUAGAUUUUAAAUCGGUCUGAGCUGAGAUAAGAACCAGGAAAAAUGCAGAGGCAACAAAACACCGAUGUAUUAUAUAUAGUUGAACAUAUGACAUACAAGUUAACGUUGCGAUUAGUAUAUUUAAUAAACAAGACCUCAAAACGUUAUAUAUUCACUUAGUUUUGAUAUUAUUUAGUAGGGGAGGGGAAGAUGGGACACCUUUUUUAUUCUAUUUUCUCAUCGCACUUGGUAAACAAUAAAGUAGUAAGCAAAGAACUUUAAAGUAUUUAUAAAACCGCAUCCUCUUCUAGUGUUGAUUGUUUAAACACGGUGUCCCAUCUUCCCCUACCCUACUAUACGUUACUUUUUUAUGAAACAUUCUGUAGUUGCUAAUGUAAAUUUACGUCAGGUGCUUAAACCCCGAGUUUCCCGUUCAGUUUCAAUAUAAUCACGACAACUUAUAUUUAAAGUUCCCAUCUGAAACCAUUUCAUUGAUUGAUAGUUUGAGCGUUAAACCGAAACGUUGAAGAUAAAAUGUAUCUUGCACGUCAUGUUUACAUUAGACGUAUUAUCUUUCCAAUUCCAAACCGUCGAAAUAAUAGAGUUGGCGAUCAGGGGUGUGCGACUAAGGGUCUUUGUGGGGGCUAAUGCUCGGGUGUUAUAGUAAUUAGCAACGAUAAAAAUCAAUAUUUAAAUGUGCCGUUUUGAACCGACACGACAGUGGUGGAUGACAAAAUUGACACCGUCUAAUCGUGGAACAGUUGCAAAAAGAUACGAACUCGAGUACAUAAAUAACAGGGUAUAAUGUGUGCAAGCCAACACUAUACCUUUUGUUCACGAGUAAAUAGGAAAGGGUAUGUUUAGUCAACCGAAACGUUUAAACUCCCCUUAAAAACACAACUAUAAUUACGUCAUGUUUUUGCUAAAGCAUUGAAACAUUGUUCGUUUUGUUAAAACUCCUUGUGUAACAAAACAGUAGCAGUGAUUUUUGAGUAAAUUGUUCCAGAGAUACGUUCAUUUCGGAAGGUUUAAGAAACAUUUAUCAGCAGCCUUUUCUUGUUGCCUCGAAAUCCGAGAAUUUUUGCUGAUCGGAUUUUGUUAAAAUAGUUCCAGGCUUGUCGGAUUCGACCUUUAGGAAAUCUGAUUACUGGUUGCUUUUUAAACCAGCACUGUAGCUAAGGCUCGAAAACUCAAGUAGGCUGUGUCCUGUGCCAUCGCGGUGGCUUUACAUCCAUUCUCCGUUUUGUGCGCCCGAGGCGUUCUAUCAGCGCCACAAGGGGAUGUGCAGUCUACGCGAACUUCAGUUCGCGUUCAGGCGCAGUUUGAGCGAGAUAAAAGAAAAAGAGGAGGUGAUAAAGGCACUGGAAGCCGACCUGGGUGAAAAAAUUUCUAUCAUACAGUGUUUGCAUUGCCAGUUGGAUAAGUAUAGAUCUAUAGUACGUUCACGGUUUCGGCCGAGGUGGUCAAAUAACUCUGGUUCUUCUAAAGAACCGCUUCAGUUUUCAGAUGAAACUAACCCAUUGGGGGAACCAGUGAUUGAAAUAUCCAGACCUAAAGAACCAACUGAGGCGAAUUUGUUUUCAGCGACCUCAGACACAGGCACAUUUGGGAGCAGCCUUACGCCGAGUACAAACAAGAGACCAAGUACAGCUUCGUCUGGUUCUGUAUUUUUCUCAUCGAUUCCAGAAAACUCGAAUGUUGUUGACUCUAAACAGAGAAACGGUCGUAGAAGCGAGUUUGUAAGCGUAUCGUCGCACAGUUUGUUGUCGCCACGAGUUCCACUUGCAGCAAAAGAAAGGUCACCCAAAGCAUCUAUUGCAGAAGACAAACAGUAUAGUGAGGAUACGACGAUACGUCCACGGGACACAGAGUCAGUGACGAUGGCCCGGGAAGGAGAAGAAGAUCAUCUUUCAACAAAAACAACCCAACGUAAGAAAUCCAGUGUCCACACGUGGUUGAAGAAACACGCCAAAUGGCGCAAGAAAGCAAAUACGAAUAGCAGCAGAACAAACAGUGAGACUGCGGGCACGUCAAGCCUCGAGAGUGAUGCAAUUUCUAUUUCUUCGGAAAAGGGUUCAGCAAAAAGACGGAACAGCUUUUGGAAGCGCGGUCUGUCUUAUGUUAGGUCGACGAAAUCACACGGUGUUAAAACCACAAGCCCACACUGCUUGCCGCAACUUUCCGUGUCUUCCGCCUCGAACCCAUUUAUCCAACCUUACGCCUACCACCAUCAGCCCUCACUGGUCACGGUUGCCGUCCAGACGUCGCCGGUUAUGGUAGGAUUUCCCUACCAUGGUGGUAGGGCUGGUUUCUUUAGCUCUGACGCCGAGCAGCAGCAGUAUAACUUCCAACGAUGGCGGGAGAGGGCUGACUACAUACAGCACAUCAAUGCGCAGCAAAUUAUGAUGGCGAACUUGCAACAAGCAGCUGUAAUUGCUGAACAACAGCGAACACAGGCCGCUGCCGCGUCAUUCCGGCCGCGUUUUUGCUCCGAAAGAGUUCAGAGUUCAUGGGAGCGCGGCGAGUCGCUGGAUAUGCUUCCGGGCAAGCGAACUUAUCCGAUGGAUGUGGAAAUGUCGAGCAUGCCGCUCGAACAAAGCGAGUUAGCCGAAUAUGCGAGUUGUGAGGUCAUUACAGGAAUGGAAGCAAACUCGGCAAAGGUUGCGGAGAUCAAGGAUGUUAGCAGUUGUGUUCAAAUGAAAGAUAUGACAAACAAAACCAUGUCGGAUGAAACUACAAGUGGUCUUAUGACACCUCCUACCGUUUCUCCCGUUCAUAAAAGCGCCGAGUCGGCUGUUGCGGUUAACGGUUUCACCCCCGAGCGAGUAUCACCGGUUCAUACCAAGAACAACCACACGAAUGUGAUAAUAAGAAGCCCAAUUAAGACGAAACUCGGCAGGAAAGAGCAAACUCCAAAGAUAACUUCACCAAUGCACGACCCUGGGCAAAAACGUUUAAAACGAAACGCGAUCUCAGCCGAGCCAAGCAGUUUAAAUGCUGUCGGGCAAGCUGACUUCGACAAGUCACACAGACUAGUCCCGAAACUACCACAAACGAAAACCUUAAUACGUCAAGCCAUUUUGGAAAAUGACUUCAUGAAACAUCUAGAAGAUUGCCAGAUCGAAGAAAUAGUGGAUUGCAUGUACCCUGUCGAAUACAGCAAUGGGAGUUGUAUUAUCAAGGAGGGUGACGUCGGAUCUCUGGUUUACGUUCUCGAAGAUGGUAAAGUCGCUGUUACGAAGGCUGGCGCACAUCUAUGCAACAUGGGAGAAGGGAAAGUGUUUGGCGAACUAGCUAUACUCUACAACUGCACACGCACAGCUACAGUUAAAGCAACAACGAACGUCAGAUUAUGGGCCAUAGACCGACAUUGUUUCCAAGCCAUAAUGAUGCGAACAGGGUUGCUAAAACACACAGAGUAUCUGGAGUUCCUUACCAGCGUCCCAACGUUUUCAAAGUUGGAUGAAGAUUUACUGCGACGUAUUGUUGACGUCAUGGAAGAGUGCCACUUCGAGUACGGUGAUUACAUUAUCCGCCAGGGGGCGAUAGGCGACACCUUCUACAUCAUAAGCAAAGGCAAUGUCCAAGUAACGAAGCGUAAAAGUGCGUCCAGCGAACCAGUUGUCAUACGUAAGCUGGCUAAAGGUGACUGGUUUGGAGAAAGAGCUUUGCAAGGUGAGGAUAUGCGAACAGCGAAUGUGGUUGUUGACGAUACGGAAGGAGUCACGUGUCUUGUGAUUGACAGGCAGUCGUUCACGCAACUCAUCGGAGACCUGGACAGCGUUAAACAGAAAAAAUACGACGAAGUACCAGUACAAAAGUAUGUCAGCUCAAAAUCUGACGGUUUUUACGUUGGACUGACACUGGAAGACUUCACUGCGAUUGACACCCUGGGAGUUGGCGGUUUUGGGAGAGUUGAGCUGGUGGAGCUAAAGAACGACAUUACAAAAACUUACGCUAUGAAAGUUUUGAAAAAGCGCCACAUUGUAGACACUCGACAGCAAGAACAUAUAAAGAACGAAAAAGCGAUAAUGAUGGAAUGCCAGUCUGAUUUUAUCGUCAAAAUGUACCGAACUUUCCGCGACACCAAAUACAUUUAUAUGUUGUUGGAAUGUUGUUUGGGUGGCGAGCUGUGGACGGUGCUACGAGAUAAAGGCCACUUCGAUGACUCGGCUGCAAGAUUUUAUACUGGCUGCGUAGUGGAGGCAUUUACGUAUAUGCAUUCACGUGGCAUCAUAUACAGGGACUUGAAACCAGAAAAUCUUUUACUCGACACGCGGGGAUAUGCAAAACUGGUCGACUUCGGGUUCGCAAAGCGGAUAGGUUUUAGUCGGAAAACUUGGACAUUUUGUGGAACUCCCGAAUAUGUAGCUCCGGAAAUUAUUCUGAACAAGGGCCACGACCUAUCGGCGGAUUACUGGUCACUUGGGAUCCUAAUGUAUGAACUAAUGACCGGCAGUCCGCCUUUUUCGGGUUCUGAUCCAAUGAAAACAUACAACCAGAUAUUAAAAGGAAUCGACAUGAUUGAAUUCCCGAAGAAAAUAUCUAAGAACGCACAAAGUCUUAUACGUAAACUAUGCAGGGAUAACCCCUCUGAAAGACUGGGCAACCAACGGAAUGGAAUCAAAGAUAUUCAAAAACACAAAUGGUUUGAUGGUUUCCAUUGGGUUGGCUUGCGCAAAGGAAGUAUGUCACCGCCCAUCAAACCUCAGGUUUCCAGCUCGUCUGACUCUUCUAACUUCGAUAAAUUCCCGGAGGACGAAGAGGAGCCUCCUCCCGAUGAUCUUUCCGGGUGGGACGUGGAUUUCUGAACAUCAAGUUUUGAAGAAAUCUUCUCACCAUAAGGGGUUCCCCGAAAUUGCAACUCGACCGCCAUGUUGAAAAGAGAUAUUCGGUGAAGAUUUUACCAAAGAUUCGGACAUGGCUACUUUCGUCGAAAAAUGUUUCAUCAGCCAUUUCGCAUCGAAAUCGUCGCUUUCUCGCAUUUUACUUGAAAUAUUUCGACCUUAUUAUAACAGAGUUUCCGCAAAUGUGAAUUUAAUAUUUUUACAGAUUGCGCAACCUCGUCCACUUUUGAAAUCGCGUUCAUUAUACAUGCUGGUGUUAUGUUAUUUUUCACACCUGGUAUGAACGAGCGCGAGGUCUUGCAGGCACCAUCGUUUUUUAAGUUUCAUUUUUUCGCCUUAUGUAUUCGAACACUUUGUGAAACUGAGCUAUAUUUUGUUCUCAACUUUACUUCUUGUAGAGUUGCGUUGUUUGAUAUGCGAUUAAACGCCUAAACACAGCGA